AUGCCUUCUUUAUCAUCAUCACCUCCUGAUGCACGCUCCCAGCAUCAUCACUCUAUCCUUGGAGUGCACUCUCCUGAUAAACUGGUUGGGGAUUUACAUCUUUUCGACAAUUUAGUUGUGUUCACUACUGAAGAGCUCUCUCGUGCCCCUGCUGAGAUAAUUGGCAGGAGCUGCCAUGGGACAUCCUACAAGGCUACACUUGACAACGGGUACAUGCUGACAGUGAAGUGGCUGAAGGAGGGCUUUGCUAAGAGUAAGAAAGAAUUUUCCCGUGAAAUAAAGAAGCUUGGCAGUGUAAGGCACCCCAAUCUUGUCCCCUUGCGUGGCUACUACUGGGGCCCCAAAGAGCAUGAGAGGAUCAUGAUAUCAGACUAUGCAGAUGCCACAUCUCUGUCUACCUACUUGUCUGAAUUUGAUGAGCAGAAUCUCCUGUCCCUAUCAGCUGGACAACGGCUGAACAUUGCGAUUGAUAUUGCCCGCUGUCUAGAUUACCUGCACAACGAGCGGGUGAUUCCACAUGGCAACAACAAGUCGUCUAACGUCCUGAUUCAGAACUCCACUCCAUCUGCUCUAGUGACUGACUACAGCCUUCAUAGGCUGAUGACUCUGAUCGGCAUGGCGGAGCAGGUCCUAAACACCGGCGCGCUAGGAUAUUCCCCACCUAACAUAUAGAGUAGUAGAGAUUUGAUCAGCCCAAAAUAAGUAAAUCAAAUUCUGUUAUGAGAUCUACCACACAUAUUAUAUGUCAGUAA